UUGCUCCCACAUUCACUGUAGUCAUGUUCACCUCCACGCAUGUUUUGUGUCAUGUUUGUGUCCUGCUGCAUUGUCUUCGGUCUCUGUAUUGUCGUGGUGUCUUAUUGUGAUGCGUGUCUUUAUUUUUUUUUGUCCCAUCCCCACAGGAGGCUUUUUGCCUCUUGGUAGGCCUUCAUUGUAAAUAAGAAUUUGUUCUUAAUUAACUUUCCUAGUUAAAGAACACUACCUGGGUUUCGUUUUGAGAUGGGCCUAUAUGUGGUUGUUGUUGAAUAAUUACCCGGUUCGUCACAUGAAUAGGAAGGCCUUGUCUGCACCAUCAUGACAGACGGGGAAGAGGCGCUAUAGCAGCCUGACCAGAAGACAAGGUCACAUGGAUGGGUUCCAGCAGCUACCCUCCCCUGAGCACCUAGAACAGGUCAAUUGGGAGACUGGGGCUAACAGCACAUUGCCCCUGUGUGGCCCAAACUCUCCACAGACCCUGGACACAGCAGCUGAUAUCAUAUGGACUGCACAGGAGGAAGAGGCAGUGGCCUCUGACUUUGGAGACCUGCUGGGGGUUGGGGGACCUCGACCUCUCCGCCCCACUGCCCUCCCCAUCUCGAGGGUAUCAUGGAAUGGGUCUGGCAGCCAACAGAAUGAAAGAGGGGAAGAGGAGAGACUGGAGAAGGUGAAGACCAGCCACAGCAGACAAGACAGUCCAGCUGCUGCUACCAACUAUACAGCAGGAGCCUUCCUCCCAGGAGACAGCGAUGGCGGAGGCAGCAGAGUGUGGUGCCUCCUCUUUCUCCCCUUGCCCUCCAGACAGACCAGGACAAACUUCAACCUGAGUAAAGAUGUGACCUGUGGCAUCUGCAUGAAGACGGUGUACGAGAAGACCAGCGCUGGGGAUAGGCGCUUCGGCAUCCUGCCAGAGCUACAGUGUCACCUGGAGAAAAAAACAAAACUUCCAGGAAGAAGUUACAAAGGGUUGCCAAAAGUGCAGAGUCAAGUCGGCGUUUUACAUCCCCAACAAGUACUGGGUGGAAGGACAACCAAAGGAAACCCUUAUCCGUAACUUUAAAGAUGCAG